CAGUCGGCGCCGCGAUGAUAAAAGGCGAGAGAAAUUUACCCACGAGUCGCUCGCGCGGUGACUGACACACCGUGGCGAUGACACACGCCGAAAGGAAAGCUUGGCCGCGGCGCGGGGGCAUUUUCGGGAGGAGACACGACCACGACCCCACGAGGGGAUCGAAAAGUUGCGGAGCUUUUAUUUAACCGGCCGGUUUGUGCCACUCUCGCCACUGUCCUAACCUGCACUUCGCUCUCUACUCCUCUCGCUCUCGGUCAUGGGUGGUGGUGCGGCGGCGAGCAGGGUGUCGUCGGCCAUGGCCGUGGCGGUGGCGGCGGCGGCGGCGUUGGUGGUGAUGUGGGCGGGGACGGCGACGGCGGCGGCGGCCGUGUACGAGGUGGGCGACAAGACCGGGUGGACCAUCAUGGGCAGCCCCAACUACACAGCCUGGGCCGCCUCCAAGAAGUUCCAUCUCGGCGACACCGUCGUCUUCACGUACAACAAGCAGUUCCACAACGUGAUGGCGGUGAGCAAGUCGGACUACAAGAACUGCGACACGAGCAAGCCGAUCGCCACCUGGUCGACGGGCAACGACUCGGUGGUCCUCAACGCCACGGGCCACCACUACUUCCUCUGCGGCUUCCCGGGCCACUGCGGCAUCGGCCAGAAGGUGGACAUCCGCGUCGCCGCCUCCGGCCACUCCUCUGCUGCCCCUUCCAUGGCGCCCGCCCCGGCCUCCGGCUCCGAGGCACCCGUCGCCCCCGGCGGCGGCGGCGGCGGCUCGUCCGGCCACGCCGCCGCCGCCGCCCCGUCGCCGCACGGCAACGCCGCCGUUGGCCGCUCCGUCUUCACGGCCAUCGCCGUGUCCGUGCUCUCCGUCGCCGCCGCUGGCCUGAAGUUGAUCUAGUUGGGGGGUUGGGGGGGGGGGGUGGGGUUAGGAUGGCGCGCGCCCUGUGAAUUGUGAGCUUUUGCGUUUGGAGCUGUGUUCAUCUUCUCUUUUGCCCCCCUCCUUUCGUGUCGUAAUUAAUUAAACUAGUAUGAUCCUGUGGAAUUGCUGCAAUUUGAGGAUCUCUGCCGGUUGUCACCUCAUGUUUUGGACUUUGGAAUUGUGGGUUUCAUCUCAGAUUAGAUCAAUCGAUUGAACAAUCGUAUGCUGCUACAACACGUGCCUGUAACAGUUUUCA